AUGAUUACCAUUCGCGUCUCCCAGCAGUUCUUCACAAAGCAGCAUGUCCAAGACAGUUCUGGCGGUGGGUUUCAGAAUUGCUUCAUCAUCCAAGGGGACAAACCACCCCGCUCGAUCACCGCGAUUCGCAAGUUGCACAGCAUCCUCGACUUACUGCUUUAUCAACUUGCUGCGAAAAGGCAUCCCUACCUCCUGACAUGGGCCUGCGAGGCCGGCCAGGUUGCUGUUGUCGCUAAACUGCUAAACGCAGGCGUCAACCCCAACGUUCCGUUCGCGCCUUUGGGAGAACGAGGUUAUCAGAGAAAUUAUUGGGAAAGAUACGGAGCUUACCUUCUGCUGGACUAUCUUUACACUCACAAACGAUUUGCCGGCAACAGGACUGAAGCCAUUCCGGCUUCACUGGACGACGUCACCAUCGAGGAACCGGAGCGGCAGCCGGGUCUUGCCUUACAGGACCGAAUCAGUUUGGUUUCUGCCAUCCACGAAGAACGUCCCAGUAAGUCAUAUUCGGAAUCACAGUCCGUAUCCUCGGCGGAUCAUAUCAGUCCUAUUGGCGAAGCGCUGGAGGAGGAUCUGGCCAGUGUGACAUCGCCCCCGGAAGCCUACGGGGCAUUCAAUUAUGGCUUAUUUAACCCUAACAGUGGCAGCAAAAGCCCGGACUCCUCACAAGAUGGCGCAAACAGUGAACCGGACGAUGUUGGGGUUGAACCGAGAAACCCUGAACAUUGGCAUCGUAUCCGAACACCGUACUUCUGGUUCCCAUUACAUGCCGCUGCGAAAGCCGGAUCACACAAGAUUGUGAAAUUACUCAUCAGCUACGGUGCACUGCUGGACCCGCCGUCCCACCGGUUUUGUGUUUGCCAAAGCUGGGACGAGGAACUCACCUAUAAAACGACGCAAAGAUGGACGCCCCUCCACACUGCCUUGUGUUCUGGUAAUGAACACAUCGCUCUCUUUUUGAUGGCAAAGGGCUCCUCGCAAUAUCUUGAUGCCAAUCAUACAACCACCAUUGUCCAUACAGUGGCUACUUUUGGGUCAGUUACGGCCUUGAAGCAAUGUCUCGUGUGUUAUGCCCUAAUUGGUUUCGAUGAUCAGGACUACCAGGGCAAAACACCGCUCCAACUCGCGCACUAUGGCAAACGUAACACAGCAGUGAUGCAAUAG